AUGUCCUCUCCACCUGUUGAUACUCAUGCUACGACCCAGUUAACUUGCCAUCAUGAUGACACUCCUGACCGAUACCAUACCUGUGUCAACGACUACCAUGCUGCCUACUCUGAAAACAACCUACCACCUCUCCUCUUCCGCAUGGAGACACCAGCGUUCGAUAACCUCCCCCCGCUCAGAGACCUGGUCGAGAACAACCGAGUCGUCAAGGACCGUGACGGCCGCCCCAUCCGCGACUUUCCCUUCCUGCCAAGAUACAUCUCCAUCCGCCCAGCAGGCUGGCUCCUCGAGUACUGGAUGCGGACAGACCAACGCCUCGCAUACCGCGAUAUAAAGUCGCGGAUGGCCGUCCCCGAAGCCCAGCGGCCGCGAGAGAACAGUCUCAACAUGCGGAGAGAACGCGAGUGCAGGAAUCCACUGGCGCUAUCCUGCUGGACGAGUCACCGCAGCACCGUGGGGAAAGUGGAGGUCGAACGCGUUGCGCGCUGGUCGCUUGACCAGAUCAAGUAUAACACGACCAUGGAGAUUGAGUACAGGAGGGGCCCUGACAACCGACGUACUGCAGUGCGGCUGCGCUCGAAGACCCUGGCUGGCGGCGUGCCGGCCUACUACCCUCUGGAUUUGUUUCUGGAUGGUGGAGAGCUCCACUCGCCCAGCCAGCGGGUCCGCGAGGCGUUGAGUCUCUUCUGGCAGUUGUCGGAGAGGGCUUCUCGGCUCCAGCUCGGGAGUUGGAAGCUGCUUCCGGCCGACGAGCUCCCUGAGGCGUGGCGGCGUAGGGCACAGCGCGGAAACAUGGGCGGAGAGAGGGAUGUGGAGGCUGGCUCAAUGCGGUCUGACUCUGUCCAGCCGUAG